CUACAGAGCAUUUCAGUGUAGAAGCUUCACCUUGCUCACUCUCUCUCACACCCUCGUUCCUGCAAUGGCUGUUUCACUGACUUUGUUCUUAAGUUUCUUUGUGGCACUUGUAUCGCUGGGUUUGGUUAGCUCGGCGAAGUUUGAGGAGCUCUUUCAGCCUAGCUGGGCUAUGGACCAUUUCAUGUAUGAAGGAGAGCUUCUGAAGCUCAAACUCGACAAUUUUUCCGGCGCCGGGUUUGCAUCGAAGAGCAAGUAUAUGUUUGGGAAAGUGAGCAUUCAGAUCAAGCUUGUGGAGGGAGACUCCGCCGGAACUGUUACCGCUUUCUAUAUGUCAUCGGACGGUCCAAAUCACAAUGAGUUUGAUUUCGAGUUCCUUGGCAACACCACAGGGGAGCCUUAUUCGGUCCAGACCAAUGUGUAUGUGAACGGCGUGGGUAACCGGGAGCAAAGGUUGAACCUUUGGUUCGACCCCACCAAAGAGUUCCACUCCUACUCCCUCUUCUGGAACCAGCGCCAAGUUGUAUUUUUGGUGGAUGAGACCCCAAUAAGAGUGCAUACCAACAUGGAAAACAAAGGAAUACCAUUUCCCAAGGACCAGGCCAUGGGUGUGUACAGCUCAAUUUGGAAUGCGGAUGACUGGGCAACACAAGGCGGUAGGGUGAAGACGGACUGGACACACGCACCCUUCAUUGCCACCUACAAGAACUUCGAAAUCGAUGGUUGCGAGUGCCCAGUAACGGUGGCGGCAGUAGACAAUGCCAAGAAGUGUGUGAGUAGUGCAGAGAAGAGGUAUUGGUGGGACGAGCCCACAUUGUCGGAGCUCAAUGUGCACCAAAGCCACCAGCUGUUGUGGGUAAAGGCCAAACACAUGGUCUAUGACUAUUGCACUGACACGGCUAGAUUUCCUGUCAUGCCUACAGAAUGUGUGCACCACCGUCACUAGUGGUGUGACCAGUGCAGGAGAGGAGUUGUCCGGGGAAGACUUUGUAAAAAAGGGUAGCGGGGGAGUUGUUGGGAGAUCAAAUCAAAGUCAUAAAAACAUUGUGAUGGGUCUGCUUGGGAACAUUGUAAUAUAAGAAAGUGGGGGCAGGGGGGAGGUUGGGGGAUCAAAUCAAAAAGUUGUCAUAAAAUUACAUGUGCUUCAUGUUGUGGUCUGUCAUUUAAGUUUCAGCUUGUAUGAUAUAUAUGAUGGGUGAUGAUUUUAUCUUUUUUAUU